UACAUGGACUUUCCCACAAGUGUGCGAUAAGAGGUCGAUUUUGGCGCCUCCCCGCAACCCAGCCCACCUCAACCAGCACUCACUCCCUUGACUGCGAGCAUCAACCCACAUCCACGCCCAACAUGGCUGCGACCCACGAAGACUCGGCCAUGUCUGACUUCUCAUACUCGUCGCACAGACGACACCAGGAAUACUCUUAUCGACUACCCACGCCCCCUCGUAUCGUCGUGCCCCCACCUUCCCUCUCAACCGAAGCACCUGAACUCAAUGUGGGAGGCACGACCUUGCACGACUGCGGCAUUGACACGAGCUUCCUCAAGGAGCUGAAUAUGGAGAACAUUGUUCAGAGGAACACCUUGCUGGACUGGUCCUACGACCGUCGGCGACAUGCCCAGCUGGUCUUGCCCUGGCUGUAUCUUGGUCCGAUGACUGCGGCUAAGGAUAAGGGCUACCUAAUGCGCGAGGGCAUCACUAUGAUUCUGGCUAUAAGAUCGCAGGUUAAUAGCCUGACCGGGGCACUACGGGCAGGUAGCGAGGUGUGCCAGGAAGUAGCGACCAUCGAAGCUUCCACCUACUAUGCCCUCAUUCCGCAAUUCCCCCACACUACAAAGCUGAUCAACCAACACAUUGCCAAAGUCCGCCAGGAAUCUUCUGGAUCGAGUGACCCACAGAUUGGGAAAGUGCUCGUUUUCUGCGAAUCCGGCAAUGAGAAGUCAGCCGCGGUCGUCGCCGCAUAUAUGAUGGAGGUGCUUGAUGAUUUUGACCAUAUCAAGGCCAUGCAAGUCUGCCAAUCCCAGAGGUUCUGCGUAAAUUUCGACGACACUAUCAAAAACAUCCUCCGCUCAUAUUGGGACAUCCUCAAAGCAAGACGACACGUCGCCAGCUCACGCGCUGAGUUCCUCCAACCUACUCCUGUUACUAAUGGCUCUAAAGACGGCCUCCAAAUCCCUCCGGCCAAGCUCAAGAGAACCAUUGAAGAUACUAUUGAUGAUGAAGACAUAGACAUGGGCGACAGCGUGGAUCCUUCGGAUGACCUUCGCUUCACUGACCGAGCCAAUAGUCCAUUUCAAGAUUCAUGACUUGCAUAUUAGACUUCAGAGCAAGCGUGACUAUGGAAAAGGCAUUUCGCAGCAUACAUUUUCUGCAAUCAUGAUACCCAGCACGAAUUACGGCUUCUCAACAGUAGCGGCGUUAGGGUGUAGAAGAGCGUGGCUUUUUGAAUUUCCAAGUGG